AUGGAUCGUGCCAGACGAUCAGAUAAAGCUCUGGAACAAAUUGCAUCGGCUAUCAACGGUGCUCUGAGGCUGCGUUAUGGGAAACGAUCACACAACCCUGAUCUGUACGAUAAAAUCAUCACACCACCGGAGGAAGACAAACUUUUACCAUUAGCUGAUCGAAUUGUUGCAUCACUGAAUAGAGCGGAACGAUUAAGGUAUGCUAUCCAUUUUGAUGAAAAUUUAGACAAAAAUCCCAUUUACAAAAAUUUUUUACAAUAUGCAAAAUAUCAAAUAAAUAUGGCGGGAUUGCAGAAGGGACUUGAUGAGACAGACUUGAUUUAA